UGGGCGCGUGGGGAGCAACAACCCUGGUCCAGGCAAGCUAGAGCUGCGCCUGGCCGGAAGGCACACGUGGAGACACUCCUGGGCAGAGUCACAAUGCAGAGCAUCUCGCCUUGUGGGCAGGAGUUCCCAGCCCCAGAGGCCUUUUCUCUCCAGGCAGCUCAGCGGCAGCCCGCUCCGCAGCUUCUAGAGGCGGCAGCCCCGAGCAUGAAGUGCAAGCCGAACCAGACGCGGACCUACGACCCGGAGGGCUUCAAGAAACGGGCGGCGUGCCUGUGCUUCCGCAGCGAGCUUGAGGAUGAGGUGCUGCUGGUGAGCAGCAGCCGGUACCCGGACCGCUGGAUCGUGCCGGGCGGGGGCUUGGAGCCCGAGGAGGAGCCGGGCGGCGCGGCCGUGCGAGAGGUGUACGAGGAGGCGGGAGUCAAAGGGAAGUUGGGUCGUCUGCUGGGCGUCUUCGAGCAGAACCAAGAUCGCAAGCACAGAACGUACGUGUAUGUGCUGACUGUCACCGAGCUGCUGGAGGAUUGGGAAGAUUCGGUCAGCAUCGGGAGGAAGCGAGAAUGGUUCAAGAUCGAAGAUGCCAUCAAGGUCCUCCAGUGCCACAAGCCCGUGCACGCCGAGUACCUGGAGAAGCUGAAGCUGGGCGGCUCCCCCACCAAUGGCAACUCCGCGGCCCCGCUGCCGCCGCUGCCGCCGCUGCCGGAGAGCGCGCCCUAAUGAGCAGUAAAGAUGUUCAAGAUUGGUCUGAAUGAAUCAUUGAUGUGGAUCCAGUGCUCAACAGAAUUGUCAAGAAUAGGCAAGCACUUCUAAUGUUCCUGAGGAGACAGCUCAUCUGAUUUUCCUCCUACAUCUUGGGACAGACACUCCUUUCCUGUCUUAUUCCACUGAUUCCUCUUGCUCUGGUUGUUACACAGUUGUACAUGAUGAACAGCACCUAUAGCCUUUUGUUGUGCUUUUUUGAUGUGUCUGCCUUCUCCAUUAGACUAUGUCUUUGAGAACAAAGACUGUUUUUCCUUACUCUUUGCAGAUCCUGCACCUGAGAUACUACUUGAAAUAUGGUUGGCAUCACUGAAGGUCUUUGAUUCAAUUAAUAUUUUGUAAUCCCUGUGUGGCAAAACAUUCCCCUUCUGAUCAGGUGCCAGUAGAGUACAGGCUGUCUAAGCAUCACCAUGUGUGUGGCUUUUGUGUAUCAGGUGUUUCACAGACAUUUCAAGACAGUUGUAAGAUGUUUGAAGACAAGAAUUACUGCUUAUAUUUCUAUGUCAUACCACACAGUGGCUGACACACUCAAAAUUAUGCCAUCAAUUAGGGCAAUGUUUUGUAGAAUCAGUCCUUCAUGUAACAACUUCAGACUUUUUGUACUUGUUAAUUUGCUUAAAAUUUUAUUCAAAAAGUCCUUUGCUACAAAGGUAACUGUAAAAGUAAAUACAGUGAACACAUAAUAUUGUGAGUUUUUAUAAAAUAAAUUUAAAAAUGAUAAUACGAAUAAUACAUUAAAUUUUUGCAAUGUCCUAACCACUUAUUACAUAUCAUCUUAACAUUUCUUUGAAGAAAGCAUUGUUUUUCUUAUUUUAUACAUUAAAUAUACUGUAUUAUUUGAUUUCAGAGCCAAGGAAGACUGCAGUGUAGAUAGUUUCCAAAGUAAAUUAUGCCAUUUAGCUUGCCUUUCUCACUGUCUCAGUUGGCCAUAGUUUUUAUCCCUUUCUCAGCACACUCAACUAGCUCCUCAUCCCACCUAGGUUCUGAAUGUGAAAAUGCAGAGGGGUGAGAGUAGUGAAUUGUUGUCACUUAGGAGAAGCACUUGAGAAAGAGACUUCUGUAAGUGAGGAACAAAAAAAUGAAAGAUUUAGAAAGAGAGGGCUUGGAUCAGCUGCUUCCAGGAAAAAAACUUUAAGAAAAGGACAAUGAUUAGAGGAAAUUUCACAGGUUACUAUGGGGUCUGUGAUGUCAGCACUCUUCCCCAGCUUCUUACAAAGGUUCCUGAAGUGGCUUUAAUGUGGUAAUUUCUAUUUCUUUUAACAUUGUAAAACAGAUACAUUGAGAAAAGCUUGAAGUCCAUUUUAGUGUUACACCCUCAUGGUACCAGUGAAAUGUAUUGAUUGUGUUCCUAAAUCUUUGAGAAUUUGAAAUAAAAACACAUCUUUCUGA